CACUUGGGAGCUGGGUUCUUACCCACGUCUGUCUCUGAGUGGCAGUCAGGGCCCUGUGAGUCUCCUUGGGGUCCAGGCUGCCGGUCUGGGCAUGCUCAGAGCAGAUGCACACCCACACAGUGAAAAAGGCCCCUCCCACACCAUCACAGACCUCUGAUGGGCCUGGUGGCAGCACUCAGAGCAGUGGGAGCAUUCUGGUCUGGGGUGGGCAGCUUCCCUGGAAAGGGGAAUGACUGCCAGCUGGUGACGCCUGCGUCCCCUGUGGGUGGACCAGAAAGGGGAAGUGUGGUCAGGCUGGGCUCACUGGUGCGGGUGAGGAACACCUCUUAUCAGCUGCAGCCGAGCCGCCACACUCAGGCCACGGUCGUCUCUACAGUCGCUCACAUCUGGACAGCCUCCCCGUUCCGGAUCCCACAGCAAUGAGUUGGUGGAGGGACAAUUUCUGGAUCAUCUUGGCUGUGGCCAUGAUCAUUGUCUCUGUGAGCCUGGGCCUCAUCAUGUACUGUAUCUACAGGUGUCAACUUAGACAAGGCAAGAAAUGGGAAGUUGUCAGGCCCUUGAAACAAAACCGAAGAGAUGAAGAAAAGACAUAUGAGAAUGUUUUUAAUCAGUCACCAACUGAAUUACCCCCUCUGCCGCCCAGGGGUUUGCCUUCUCUUGGAGACUCCUCCCCACAGGAAACCCCAAGUCUGCAGCCGCCUACAUACUCACUGGUGAACAUGAGAAACAAGACGGCCACUUCCAGCUACGUGGAGCCUGAAAGUGACUAUGACGACAUAGAAAUCCCCGCAAAUACAGAAGGCCAUCACUUAAAAACAACCUUUCCUUCAAACUGGGAAGCCAAACAGGGCUCCCACGGCUUAUUUUAAAACCACUGAGAGUGGCUGAAUUGCACUGGGCAUCGGGGUCCAGACGGCUGUGAUGAGGGGACAGAUGCCACUGCUUGACCCUGGGAAUAAGAGCCUUCAAGCUCGUGGGAGGAAAAGUUUCCAGUGGGAGGCUCCAGGCUUUCACCUGUGAGACACGUCACAUUUCCCCAGCAUGCUUUUCCCUGCCGUUCCUUGGUUUGUGUUUCUAAAUGAUGUUACAUGGCAGUGUUUGUGCAGAGCCUCCUGGACUCCUGCCCCAGCAGGGCCUUGCUCUGUGCUCCAGUCUCACGUCUUUCUGCCCCACCCACUGAACAACACAGCUGAGUGCUCUUGCGUGCAAGUUACCACCUCGGGCCUUGUGAGUCUGCAAGGGUUUUUUUUAUUUUUGAGGCCCUCCCCAACCACAUAGACCCCAAACUCAGCGCCUUCGUAUGUUAUAGGCGAACGUGACCAUCAGAUUCAAGUUUUCACCUGGGUUUUUUCCCCAUGCCUACAGGUGACACUACAACCAUCAACUAAGACAGAAGUUACCUCCUGGUUUAUUCCUAGAGGUGUCAUUUUGCAGCAGGUGUAUUGAGAGGCUACAGGAAAAGUAGGUUGACCCAGGAAAGAAAGGGACCAGAUCACAAUGGCCUAUCCAAAUGAUGGCUCAGGAGGCUUGCUGCCCUCUGUCCACAAAUUUCUUUUAUU